UGUUACAGAUGAUGGAAGAUAGCUUUAGUCGAAAUGAUUCUGAAUUUUUGCAAUGUGCUGUAUACAUCAACGAAUCCAAAGCGAGAAACCUUGAAGGUAGCUAUUGCGAAGCGACCUGGGACGGAUGGUCGUGUUGGCAGGAGACGGCAGCAGGAACCACAGCCUAUGCGCCUUGCCCCAAGUUCAUCACUGGCUUUGAUCCAAACCUCCUGGCGCAUAAAAUAUGCACUCAAAAUGGAACCUGGUUCAGGCACCCGGACAGUGGUAUGAUAUGGUCCAACUACACAACUUGCAUCAACAUUGAAGAUCUCACAUUGAGGCAGACUGUCAAUAAUAUUUAUCAAACUGGGUACUCGAUAUCGUUAGUAGCUCUCUUACUAUCUCUCUUCAUACUGUCAUAUUUCAAAUCGUUACGAUGCCCCAGAAACACACUUCACAUGAACCUUUUCACUGCGUUCGCUGCAAACAACUUCUUGUGGCUGCUGUGGUACAGGCUAAUAGUGCCGUACCCAGAAGUCGUCAUCGAAAAUGGGCAUUUGACAGCUUGCCAGGUUUGAUAUAUAGUCGCUUUCCAAAACCUAUCCAAAUAUUAUUCAAUAAAACAGUUUCACAGCUGUUGAAAUUGAACACAUAG